AUGUCCAAUAUUCUUCCAAAUAUACUUGUACUAGAUUUAAAUGCUUCUUCCAAAGGAUUUUUGUAUCUUGAAACUCCUGAAGGUCUUAUUUUAGGACGCCUGAUUAUGGAAUUUCCAAAAUUAAAAGUUCUUGACAUUCUUUAUCAUAAACCUCAAGACUUUAAAACAUUUUCCACAAUCGGUUCAGGAGAAUAUGCUUCGGUUUAUGCUGCAUAUUGGAAAAGUACCCAAACAAUACUUGCAAUUAAGAAAUUUAACGCAAGUUCUACGAAACAAAAUAUUUUAAAUGAGAUUAAAUUAAUGGAAAUUAUAAGAAGAAAAGUUAAUUUUCAUCCAAAUAUAAUUAAAUUUUAUGGUGUUAUGAAUUUAGAAGAUGAAAUAAACUAUGCUCUUAUUCUUGAAUAUGCUGAUGGUGGAACAUUAGGAAAUUAUUUAAGAGACAACGCCAUAAAUUUUAAAUGGGAAAGUCAAUUGAAAUUUGCACAUGACAUUGCGAGUGCAAUUUUAUGGUUAUAUGACAAUGAAAUUAUACAUUGA